CGGCCGAUCGACAGUACGCGUCAGUACUGCCUUCGUCUUGCUCUGUUCGGAGUCGGAGAUGGGGUUCCUGAAGGAGCCGAAUUGCCGCUACAACGCCGCAUGGUUCCUCAUGGGGGCAGCUCUGCCCACGAUGCUCUUGUUCUUCCUGGCGUCCGACCGUGUGGGCGAGCAGCUGUCCAUCGUCUCCAGCUGGGGGAACCAUAACGGUGAUCUGCCGCGGCCGUCUCACCCCAAGGAGGCCCCUCCUGCACAAGACAAAGAGGAAAUGUUUCCGGGCUUAGCCCGGCUACUAGCGAGGGUGGCCAUGGAGGAUCGGACAGUGAUAAUCACGUCGGUGAACGAGGCUUGGGCACGGAACGGCUCCCUGUUGGAUCUCUACCGUCAGAGCUUCAAGAACGGUGAGGACACGGAACACCUCCUCAACCACGUCCUCGUUGUCGCCCUCGACCCUGCCGGCUUCCGCCAUUGCAAUAUUGUGCACCCCCACUGCUAUCUCCUUGGGGCGACCAACGAUAAUUUCACCUCGGCUGCACAGUUCAUGUCCAAAGAGUAUCUCGAUCUCGUCUGGACCAAGCUCUCUCUCCAGCGGCGCGUCCUUGAACUCGGCUACAACUUCCUCUUCACCGAUACAGAUAUGAUAGUGUUGCGCAAUCCGUUCCGGCACAUCACUGUGCAUGCAGACAUGAGUGUCUCCUGCGAUAGCUUCUCCGCAACGCGUGCUCCCCUGGACAACCGGGUCAACACUGGGUUCUACUACAUGAAGGCGACGAACCGGAGCAUGGAGCUUCUCCGGUACUGGCAGGCGGCGAGGACUAGGUUCCCGGGCGACCACGACCAGGGCGUCUUCUACAACAUCAAGCACGAGCUAGUCGAGAAGCUCAAGGUCCGGAUCGAGCCCCUUGAUACGGUCUACUUCAGCAAUUUCUGCGAGUACCACAACGACCUGGGCAGCGCCUGCACCAUGCACGCUGCCUGCUGCAAAGGUCUUGACAACAAGGUGCAUGACCUCAUGGACAUGGCCGCUGUUUGGAAGAAUUACACAAGCCUUGCGCCGGAGGAGAGGAAGAAGAUGGGUGGGAAGCUCAAAUGGACCGUCCCAGCCCGAUGCUAUAAGUCCAUGGGGUGGCACUAGCUACUAGAGAAAGGGCUGCACGUCCCUGACGGCCAGAAUUUGAAGCCCAUGGCGUGUGUAACUAACUGUAAACCUGUUCUUGAGCAAAGCAUGAAUGCACACCGACGCGGUUCAGUUCUUGAAAAUUUGACACGUACGCUUGUUAAUGUACUGUGAUACGACUUGCAUCCGUAUAUAUAUAAUAUAUGUAUCACAACCACGCA